AUGUAUAUUCAGCUUUUAAUUUUCUUAAAAGAAUAUGACAGCGCCGUCCCAACAGUAGCACCAGUUGAUACCACACCAGCAGCUGCAACCUCUCCUGCAGCUUCUCCUGAAACCUCUGCUGCAACCGUUCCUGGAUCAACGGUUCCUGCAGGAACCGGAUCAACUAUUCCUGCGGGAACGGGGUCAACGGCUCCUCCAGGAACGGGAUCCACCGCUCCUGCUGGAACUGGAAGUACGGUAACAGAUAGUGGAAACACUGGGACCCCAACUGGAGUUCCAACUACUACACCAAAACCUCUGGAACUCUCGACAUUCCCCGUUUCCAAUGAUGUGAAUGUAUUAGAUGCGAAGCUGAUCCUUCAACAAGCUGUACAAUUGGAUCAACAAAUCAAUGCUUUGAACGACUACUUGAUCAAGGCUCAAAACGAUACCGAUCCAGCCAAAUCUCCUCUUUUCGAUCAAUUGAAUGCUUUCUCACAUAACAUUACCGCUCAGAAUAAAACUCUUCAAGGAUACAUCUCACAAUUACAGAAUCUCAGUGCAUCUCAAUUUGCACUAGAUCAACGUGUCUCCUCUGCCGCCAGCACUUUCGUUUGCUUCUCUCAGUCUAGUUGUGUUACUGAUGUGCCAACAACUCCCGAGCCAACUUCUCCAGGUCCAACUCAACCUGUCAAGCCAUGUAAUAACACAAACUUAAAAACUGAUUCGGAUUUCUCGAUAACUAAAUCAUACACAUUUGCGAGCAAGCCGAACGUUGCUCUAUGCUCAAUCAAAGUAUUGGCUUCAAACCAAGCGAACAACGUGUCGGUGACAAUCAAUGCAACAUUCACUGGACCCGAUGCCUAUGUGAAGUUGAACGAGACUAGAACUCUUCAAAGUGCUACCAUUAACGGGUCAAUCACCAACUACGUUUUCCAAGGUUUCCAAGAAGUUGAUGUGUACUACUUCUCGGGACCACGCUCAACUGUUCAAUUCAACUUUACCUAUCAGGAAGUUAACAACUGUCUACUCAAUUGCACUGGAUCGAACGGAGAAUGUAAAGUCAGUCAAUCUGGUGUUCAGUAUUGCGAAUGCAAAAAGUGCCAGUUCACUGGAGACUUUUGUGAAGUUACACUUGCUCAUCCAUGCCAAUCAAAGCAGAAGCGUGUUUGUGGGGAAAACAGUGGCCCUCCAUAUGGACAAUGCUAUAAAAACAUAUGUUCUGAUUCGUGCUACUCGUGUGCAUGCUCUCCUGGGGCGGAAGUGAACGGAACUGAUCAAAAAUGCACACAGCCUUCACCUGGAUGGUCUCCCCCUGUUGCUCCAACUGGUCCAACCGUUUGUCCCACCACAGCUGCUCCAUCCACAACCACAGCUCUCCUCACAUCUACCGCUGCUCCAAUUGGAUCAUCCUCGGCAGCUCCUGGAUCUUCAGUAGCACCUGUCUCCACUGUCACUCCUGAUUCUAGUGAUACAACUGUUGCAGCUAGUUCUUCGUCUACCGCCCCGUCUGAUGCCCCGUCGACUGCAUCUAGCAACAGUACACCGUAA